AUGUCGCUUGACGACAACCAGCGACAAGAGCGGCCUCAACAGCCGUCCUCGUCGCAUCACCCCCACUCGACAUCUCCGUCAACCCUCCUCGACGCCCAAACGGCCCAGGACGGCUCGCCACGCACGCAGAGGGAGCGACAACUCUCUCUCGAGGCGCCCCUCGCUGUCACAACCGCUGUCGACCGACCUGUCUCUCCCUCGAGUCCGCUUCACAGCCCAGAGGACGGCAGCGAACAGCCGUUCGGCUCGCUCAGGCGCGGCUCGCUGAGACUGAGGAGAGGCAGCGAGGGCGGAAGUGGCGGUCUCGUAUCGGCGGGCUCAGCAGGACAAGCGGGAGGAGCAUUUUCGACUGCGGAUGCGACUGCGCGAACUCGUACGGCGAGCGAAGGAGGGUGGAUCUCGUUCAGAUCAGACUCUCCAGCUCCUACGAUAGAGCGAGGAGCCCGGAGACAUGCAGGGACAGUCAACUUGGCGGACGGUUCGGUCGUCAGGCAACUCCCCUCGCCUCCAGCCCGCCAUACUCCCGCUGCCGACGACCCAUUCCAAGCUUCGACGGAGGCCGGGCCGUCGACUGGCUUCUUCGACGCCGAAUACAGCGCUGCGAGCCACGCUCAUGGACGCAGUGAGUCGCAAGCCUACAGUCUCGCCUCCGAAACCGACUACGAUCCGUCGCUUUCGACUGCGCAUUCCUUUCGACACCCUCUCGCCCACGACAUCGACGAAGAAGAGCUUGAAGUGCGAUCUCCCCUCCAACCCUCCCUCUCGACUCCCCCAACUCGCAGCAACCACCGCCUCGGUCCCUUCUCCUCGUCUUCCGGCCCCUCUCGUCGGCCGUACCUCUCGCCGCUCAGUACCUCGCCCAGCCUAGCGCGCACACCGAGUCCUCGACGACCCAGUCCGUCGGGCGAAGGCGGCUGGCACGAGCUCUCUGCAUCGCGCUCGAACGGCGACUCGCAAGAACACGGCCAAUCUGCGGGCCUCAUGCGCCGAGGAACGCUGGCUGCCGCUGCCGAGCGGCUGCGACGAGUCUCUGUGCGAGUCGUCAAUUUGACCGGAAUCGACGGCGAGAUGUUGGCUGAAGCUGAGGUCGAGGCGGAGGAGGCGGAGCGAGCGCGAGAGGAAGGCAGGUCUCCUGUCGAUCUGACGGGCCGAAGACGAAGCUCGGUCGGCAUUGGGGUGACUGGUGUCGAGGACGACGGCCGAAGCGGCGAGUCUAUGGGACGACGAGAUGCGGAUGCGCCGGAGGACUCGGCAGAUUCAGGCGUCGAGUGGGAGAAGGAAGUGCAGCGGAGCGAGAAGGCUUUCAGGAUGUUGCGGGGGAAGACGUUGGGCGUGUUCGGCCCGGACAACGUGUUCAGGCAGGCGUGCGCGCGGGUGUUGACGGCGCGGUGGACUGAGCCAGUGAUCCUGCUGCUCAUCAUCCUCCAAGUCGUUGUGCAGACGAUGCAGUCGUCUUACAACGUCUACGAGCAUCCGCGACCGACGAAGGGCUUCUUCCAUUCGUGGGAAGACUACGUCCUCUUCGUCGUGUUCUGCGCAUUCACGGUCGAAAUCGCCGCACGCAUCGUCGUCACCGGCCUCGUCAUCAAUCCGCCUCGUCCUCCUACGCCACCCGAAAUCAAGCCCGACAUCUACGGCACGCCCCACCGCUCGCCGUCUCUCGUCACCAAGAUCCAGUCUCGCCUCUCGCCCAUGCCGUCGCCUACACCUUCACGCCGUCGCUCUCCUUCACCUUCAGACUCUCGUCUCUCCCCCUUACCGUCACCUUCUCGACUGUCUCCCUUGCCUCCGUCGCCGACGAAGGCGACGUACCCACCAGCCGCCCUCACCUCUGCCGACAUUACCUCACUCGACUACGCCCGCUUUCCCGCCUCGAACAUGUCGUCUGUGGCUCUUAUGCGCGAAGACACGCCAGCGCCGCCGAUCAUCGACCCUGGACCGGCGGGAGUCGGGCUCGGCUUCACCUCUGCGCCGUCGACCUCACUCUCUCAACCGUUCUCAAUCAAGUCAGGUCUGGCCGCCGCCUUUCCCGCUGCGACGGCCGCUGCUGCAGCGAACUCGCAUUCUGCCGCUUCGUCCACGACCUCGCACGACCCUUACGGUGCCCAUCACCAGCCCAGCAUCUUCGCCAGCGCUCACACGCCUUACGCCCUCUCGAUCAAGCGCCAGCGGCAGACGUACCAGCAAGCGUUCCUUCGACACUCGUGGAACCGCAUCGACGCGCUUGCCGUACUUUGCUUCUGGAUCUCGUUCGGUCUGGCGUCGACGGGACUCGAGGCGAGCAAGAACCUAUGGUUCUUCCGGUCGCUCAGCGUGCUGCGCGCGGCUCGGCUCUUGGCCAUCAGUCCCGGUACCCAGAUCAUUCUUCAAUCACUCAAGAAGGCUUCGCCGCUACUCGUCAACGUCGGCCUCUUCGUCGCGUUCGCCAUGUUGCUCUUCUCCAUAAUCGGCGUGCAAGCCUUCCGAGGAUCCUACUUGCGGCACUGCGUCUGGAUCGACCCCCAAGGCGUCCUCGCGAACGUUACGGCCGAUCAACCAUGCGGCGGUUACAUGGAUGCAGCCGGUGUGACGCGGACCUACUUCACGCUCGAAGGCCUCCCCUCUGGCGAGCCACCGAAAGGCUUCAUCUGCGGUCCGCCAAGCAUUUGCGCAGAAACGGAGAAUCCGGUCAACGGUCGCUGGAGUUUCGACAACAUCCUCGCGGCUCUCAUGCAGGUCACCGUCACCGCCUCUUCGAAUACCUGGACAGACGGCAUGUACGCAAUGAUGAGCGCCGACUACUUCGCGUCUUUCCUCUUCUACGUCGCGGGCGUCCUCAUCAUCAACUACUGGAUGCUGAACCUCUUCGUCGCCGUUAUUACGAGCACCUUCGGCGACAUCCGCGACGAGACGAAGCAUUCGGCUUUCGCGGCCACCUCCGCCCUGCCCGUCAAGGUCAGGUUCGACGACGAUCGGAAACCUCGUCGCGGCCUCAGCAAGAGCGCCGACCUCAUUGCCAAGGUCUACAGGAAGACGCGAUUCUUCUGGAUCGCACUCGUCGUGGUCUCGAUCUCGUUGCAGGCGAGCCGCUCGUACAAGAUGGAUCAGGCCAAGUCGGACGCGUACGACUGGGUGGAGCUCGGCUUGACGAUUGCGUUCGACGUCGAGAUCGCCACCCGCAUGUUUGCGAGCCUACCCGACUGGCGACGCUUCUUCGACAGCCCGGCAAAUCGGGUCGACCUCUUCCUCGCCGUCACAACGAGCAUCAUCCAGCUCCCCGGCAUCUUCGGCACUCGCGCCUACGUCUGGUUGACGUGCCUCCAGAUCGCACGGUUCUACCGCGUCAUCCUCGCCAUCCCCCGCAUGAAGCGCCUCCUCGUCCGCCUCGUCAGAACCGUCUACCCGCUCAUGAACAUGAUCCUGUUCCUGUUCCUGCUCACCUACCUCGCCUCGCUCGUCGCGGUCGAGUUCUUCCGCGGCAUCCCCGACCCCGCAAACGACGAUACCGGUUACCUCACCUUCUACCAGUUCUUCGACUCCUUCCUCGCCAUGUACCAGAUCCUGUCCAGCGAGAACUGGACAGACGUCCUCAAGACGGUCCUCGCGAACGAGAAGGGCGCCCUGCAGAUCGUCCUUGCCGGCGUCUUCGUCUGCGGCUGGAUGUUCGUGGGCUACUUUGUCAUCGGCAACCUGUUCAUCGCCGUGCUCAAUGAGGGCUUCCAGCUCGCCGAGGAGGAGAAGCGUCUCCGGCAACUCGAGGCAUUCGCCGUCGGGCAGAAACGCGCGGUGACGGCAGGUUGGUUCAGGAGGUUCGAUCCGUACACCUACGCGACAAUGCGCCAAAGACGACGUACCGAGCGCCGUCAAGCGUCCACGCAUGAGGACGUUCUCGACCGUCGCAUGACGAGCUCGCCGGAACCGCUCGAGUCGCCGCCCGAAGACGAAAAGAGUCUCUCGCCACCUCCGACGGCAGCAUCGUCCGUCAGAUUCGUCGACCAGGCCAAGAAGGCGUUCAAGUUUCGCUCAGGUCUCGACACGCUCACCAGAAUCGUCCAGCCGCCGCCUUCGCCGCUGGAGCCGCCGUCUCGCGGUAUUCAUCAUGUCCGCGAGGCGACGAUCGAGGAGCGCGAGCGAUUACAGGAGCAGACGCAGCGGCAGCGCAAGGACACGGUCGCCGAGUUCAUCGAGGAGCAUCCUUCGUAUGACAGGUCGCUCUUCCUCUUCUCGCAAAAUUCGCACAUCCGCAGGCUCUGUCAAUCGGUCGUUGACCCCGCUUACGGCGACGAACGCAUCAACGGUCAACCGCCGAAGAAGGGCCGCCGACUCGCCUUCCAAGCCGUCAUUUUCGCCGCCAUCGUCGCGUCCAUCGCCAUUGCUGGCAUUGCAACGCCUCUCUAUCGACGCGACUACUUCCUCCAGCAAGGCCAAGUCCGCAUCGCCUGGUACUCGCUUGUCGAAGUCGCUCUCGGCGUCGUCUUCCUCGCCGAGUUUCUCGUUCGAAUCACCGCCGACGGGUUCAUCUACUCGCCGAACGCCUACAUGCUCUCGCUGUGGCGCAACAUCGACGGCUUCGUCCUGCUGACGGUCAUCGUCAACGUCUCCACGUCGCUGAUCGAGGGUCCUGCCAACAACCGAUUCACUCGCGCCUUCAAGGCGUUCCGAGCGCUGCGCCUGAUCAACCUCUGGCCCCGCAUGCGAGAAGCCUUCUACAACGUCCUCGUCCUCGGCAUCGGCCGAAUCGUCGACGCCAGCAUCCUCGCCGUCCUCUACAUCAUCCCUUUUGCGGUCUGGGCGCAGAACAUCUUCUCCGGCCUCCUCUACUCGUGCAACGACUCGUCGGUCACGACGAAGGCGGAAUGCGUCGGCGAAUACCUGGCCUCGCCGACGAGCGACUGGACCUUCUUGGCGCCGCGCGUCUGGUCGAAUCCCUACGUCUGGUCGUUCGAUUCCUUCAGGUCGUCGCUCCUGAUCCUCUUCGAGAUCAUCUCGCUCGAGGGAUGGAUCGACGUGAUGGAAAGCGUCAUGCAGAUCAAGGGUCCCGACCUUCAGCCGCAACAGAACGCAUCCCAGUUCAACGCCCUCUUCUUCGUGAUCUACAACGCCAUCGGGGCGUCCUUCAUCCUCACCGUCUUUGUCUCGGUCAUCAUCGCUGCAUUCGUUCGACGUUCGGGCAACUCCCUCUUAACCACCGAGCAGCGACAAUGGCAAGACUUGCGCCAGCUCAUGAAUCGGCAGCGUCCAGCGAAACGACCCAAGCGCCGACCCGACAACGCCUUUCGAGCUUGGUGCUACGACCGUGCAGUGCACAAGAACGGCUGGUGGUCACGCGGCGUCACGGUGCUCUACCUCGUCAACAUCGUCGUGCUCAUGUCGCAGGCAAGGUCGACCGAUGGGGCCAUUAUCGCGUACAACUUCGUCUUCCUCGGUUUCACAGUCGCCUACCUCGUCGACGUGGUUGUCCGUGCUUUUGGCCUCGGUCGCAGCUUCUAUGAGAACGGCUGGAACAUCUACGAUGUCGUCGUCAUCUCGGGAACUGUCGCAACCACCAUCCCCGUCCUGCUGGACGUUAGCGAAGGCGCCCUCCAGCUUCAGAAAGUCUUCCUCGUCUCGCUCACGGUCAAGCUCGUUCAGCGCAGCGACAGCCUCAACCGGCUCUUCAAGACGGCCAUCGCGUCGGUGCCAGCCAUCGUCAGCAUCUUCGCGCUCUGGCUCGUCUUCUUCCUCGUCUACGUCAUCUUCUACAACGAAAUCUUCGGCUUGACGAGAUGGGAAAGGAAAGAGACGAAUAACGCCAACUACUACACGUUUUGGUCCGCCCUCGUCCUCCUCAUCCUCCAAUCGACUGGCGAGGGCUGGAACGAGUUCAUGCACGACUACACGGUUGACUGGCCGAGGUGUACCUACUCGUCGAGCUACCUGCUCACCGACUGCGGGUCGCCCGGCUGGGCCUACGUGCUCUUCAUCACUUGGAACGUCCUCUCGAUGUACCUCUUCGUCAACCUGAUUCUCGCCGCUGUCGUCGACGGCUUCUCCUUCAUCUGGCAAGACUACGGCAAGGUGGCUCGCAUCACACGCGAGGACAUGCGGUCCUUCAAGAAGGUGUGGGCCGAGUUCGAUCCCGAGCGAACGGGUUUCAUCCAGCCUGCGGUCAUCCCGCGCUUUCUCCACCGCUUACACGGCGUCUUCGAGAUCAAGAUCUACCGCGACGCUUGGUCGGUCCCGAGCCUCCAGGCAGCGGCGUACCGUGACCCGCUUGACCAGCACAGCUCGCCUGCUUUCCAUCACUACCUUGGCGACCGCGAUGCCCUCUCCCUCCGGCGCGUCGAUAUCGACAAGCUUCGACAGCUCGUCGACGGCAUCGACACCGGCGAAGUGGCAGCUCGGCGCCGCAACUACGUUCGACUUUACCACGAGGCAAUGCACGAUGCCGAAGAGUCGCUCAAGGGUAUCUCGCUCAACAAGAUGCUCAUCCUGCUCGCCCACUACCGGCUCGUCGAGGAUGAGAGCGCCCUGCAACUCGACGAGCUCGCGAAGCGCCGCCGCAAGCAGGAGCUCGUCACUGACUGGGUCGACUUGGACCGCGUCAACUCGUUCCUCCGCAUGGUCGUCCUACGCCGCCGCUUCCUCGCACACCUCGAAGCCAAACGCCAAAACCGUUUCAGCAAUCUCCCAGCCAUCAGCGUCACCGACGAAGGGCACGAUGAGCCCGAACGAGACGGCGGCAGGACGCCCUCGACCGACAACUCCCCCGCCCGCCCUUCCGUCGCCUUCGCCGACUAG